AAAGCUGCUCUCUCUCCCCCUCAUUUGGCUUCGGAUUAGGGUUGGCGCUUACACUUGGGCUCUACGGUCGCCCCCAUCGAUUGAAGGUUGCAUUCCACCUUCGAUGGCGACCUCGGCGGCUCAAAUCCACGCCCUCGGCUCCGUCCCCUUCUUUCCUUCCUCGAAAUCGCCGUCUUCCCGCGUCGCCGCAUCCAGUUCCCUCUUCUUCGGCGUCCGCCGACCUGGCAGCGCCAGCGGAGCUCGCCUCAGCGCGAGGAGGCGGAACCAGCGGUCCGGCUAUGGGCCGCUCCGGGUGGUGUGCGAGAAGGUGGUGGGGAUCGAUCUCGGGACCACUAACUCGGCGGUCGCGGCCAUGGAGGGCGGGAAGCCGACCAUCGUGACCAACGCCGAGGGCCAGCGGACGACGCCGUCGGUGGUUGCCUACACGAAGAACGGUGACCGGCUGGUCGGGCAGAUUGCCAAGCGCCAGGCAGUGGUGAAUCCGGAGAAUACUUUCUUCUCUGUCAAGCGGUUCAUCGGGCGGAAGAUGUCGGAGGUGGAUGAGGAGUCAAAGCAAGUCUCGUAUCGGGUGCUGAGGGAUGAAAACGGGAAUGUCAAACUUGAUUGCCCUGCCAUCGGGAAGCAGUUUGCUGCUGAAGAGAUCUCGGCUCAGGUUUUGAGAAAGCUUGUGGAUGAUGCAUCUAAGUUUUUGAAUGACAAGGUUACAAAAGCAGUGGUUACAGUUCCUGCAUACUUCAAUGAUUCCCAAAGGACAGCUACAAAGGAUGCCGGUCGUAUCGCUGGCUUAGAAGUUCUUCGUAUCAUCAAUGAGCCGACAGCUGCAUCAUUGGCAUAUGGUUUUGAAAAGAAGAGUAAUGAAACUAUUCUCGUAUUUGAUCUGGGAGGUGGCACCUUUGAUGUUUCAGUUCUUGAGGUUGGAGAUGGUGUCUUUGAAGUACUCUCAACAUCAGGAGACACACAUCUUGGUGGUGAUGACUUUGACAAGAGAAUCGUUGACUGGCUUUCUGCUGACUUUAAGAGAGAUGAAGGCAUUGAUCUUCUGAAGGACAAACAAGCCCUUCAGAGACUGACUGAAACAGCAGAAAAGGCUAAGAUGGAAUUGUCCUCCUUGACCCAAACAAACAUCAGUUUACCAUUUAUCACCGCUACUGCUGAUGGUCCUAAGCACAUAGAGACAACACUUACAAGGGCCAAGUUUGAGGAACUAUGUUCAGACCUUCUUGACAGGCUUAAAACUCCUGUAGAUAAUUCCUUAAAAGAUGCAAAGCUCUCGUUUAAAGACAUUGAUGAGGUAAUCCUUGUUGGUGGGUCAACUCGUAUCCCAGCAGUUCAGGAACUCGUGAAGAAGAUGACUGGGAAGGAGCCCAAUGUUACUGUCAACCCUGAUGAGGUUGUUGCUCUUGGUGCUGCAGUGCAGGCAGGAGUGUUGGCAGGUGAUGUCAGUGAUAUUGUCCUUCUCGAUGUUACACCUCUAUCUCUUGGUUUGGAAACACUGGGUGGUGUGAUGACAAAGAUCAUCCCGAGGAACACAACACUGCCAACAUCCAAAUCAGAAGUCUUCUCGACAGCAGCAGAUGGCCAAACAAGUGUCGAGAUUAAUGUUCUUCAGGGUGAAAGAGAGUUUGUGAGAGACAACAAAUCACUUGGCAGUUUCCGUCUUGAUGGAAUCCCUCCAGCCCCACGUGGGGUACCACAGAUUGAAGUCAAGUUUGAUAUUGAUGCCAAUGGAAUUCUUUCUGUUACCGCGGUGGACAAGGGUACUGGAAAGAAACAAGAUAUCACUAUUACUGGGGCUAGCACCUUGCCCACCGAUGAGGUUGAAAGAAUGGUGAAGGAAGCUGAGAAGUUUGCCAAAGAGGAUAAGGAGAAGAGGGAUGCCAUCGACACAAAGAACCAGUCUGAGUCUGUGAUUUAUCAGACAGAAAAGCAACUGAAGGAGCUCGGAGAUAAGGUGCCUGCUGCUGUCAAAGAAAAGGUGGAAGGAAAGCUGAAGGAUCUCAAGGACGCUGUUGCUGGUGGAUCAACUCAGAGCAUGAAGGAUGCCAUGGCAGCCCUGAACCAGGAGGUGAUGCAACUCGGACAAUCGCUCUAUAACCAGCCAGGCGCAGCUGGUGCUGGUCCUGGUGCUGGUGCUGGUUCUGGUCCUGCUCCUGGAGCUGAUGCUGGGUCUUCCGGACCAUCUUCCAAGGGGUCUGAGAAUGGCGAUGUGAUUGACGCUGAUUUCACCGAUAGCAAUUGAAAAUGCCGACAAUCUCGGGAAGUACAGUAAGGCCACUGGGAUUCAAAUUGUCAUACAGUCCAUCGAGUAAAUAGCUUUAAUAAGGUCUUACUAUUUUACUUCUUGUCCGAUGCUCUCAUUGAAUCGCUCUCCGGAUUCAAGAUGUCGAGUUUUGUUCAUUUAGAACAACUUGUUUGUGAUUUGUUACCAAAUCAAGAUAGGAUUGAUGUAGCUGUUUCAGGAUAUUAUUUUUUUCCUACGCGGAUUAAUUGCCCCUA